AUGCAACGACUGCCAGCGAAUUUCGAUCCGACCAAGAGAUACCCCAUUCUAUUCACCCCCUACGGCGGCCCCGGCGCGCAGCAGAUAUCACCUGGAGUCGACAACCGCGGCACAGGCUACAAGGGGCGUGCAUCCCGCACACAGGUCUCUAAGCGCUUGGGGCUUCUGGAAGCGGCGGAUCAGAUCUACGCCGCCCAGCAGGCCGCCGCGCUGCCCUAUGUCGACCAGAUCCGCAUCGCGAUCUGGGGGAAAGGGGGGGGGAGCUUCGGCGGCUACCUGACGGCCAAGGUCAUUGAACAGGACGACAGCAGCGUCUUCUCGCUGGAACUGAUCACGGUACCGGUGGCGGACCGGCGGUUCUACGACUCGAUGUACACGAAGCGAUACAUGAAGACGAUGGCGGAGAACGCGGAGGGCUAUGCGGCCAGCGCGGUGCGGCGGACGGCCGGGUUCCGAAGCGCCCGCGGCGGGGUUCUCAUUCAGCACGGCACGGGGGACGACAACGUGCACUUUCAGAAUUCGGCGGCCCUGGUGGACUUGUUGGUCGGCGAUAGGGUGUCCCCGGAGAAGGUGCAGGUGCAGUGGUUCACGGACUCGGAUCAUAAUGUUAAUCAUCAUGAGGGGGAAUGUGUUUCUGUACAAGCAGUUGGCGAGCCGGUUGUUUGGGGAGAGGAUGCGGGGGGGGAGGAGGAGGGGGAGAAGCAUGGGUGGAGUCGGAGGGGGGUAGCGGUGUAG